UAGACUAGUCCCAACCACAUGUUCAAACAAAGAUUUGCCAUCACCUUCAUCUCCUUAGGUAAUGAGCCCCAAUGGGUGCCAGCUGCCCUGCAGGUCAGCACUGGGACAGUUUGAUUAGAAAAUGUAUGCAAUGCAAACUAACGUGUCAACAAUCACUGAUCAUCACCAAAUGCACCAAAUAUUGUGUCUUAGCGGAUUGUAAAACACUGCCCGGCCACUACUAUGAUGCGCUUCUAAGGGAAUGUGUGAGGUGUGCUGAUGUAUGCGGUAGACAUCCAGCAGAGUGCACCCAACACUGCAGCCCUCCAGUGAGCUCUAAAAAGCUCCUUGUAAAAGUGACCUCUGUCCACACGGCCUUGGAAGAUUCUACCGUCCUCCUCUACGUCCUCCUGGCGCUGUGCAUUGGGCUGCUGCUGUCCAGCCUGUCCCUCGCCUUGGUCGUAUUCCUCAGGAGGAGAUGCGGAGCCGAAACGAACCCUAACCAAAUGGUCGUCGAGCAGCGUCGGGGAGGUUGUCAUCGAGGAGGCCAGCCGGGUCCGAGUUCCACAGCUUUUAUGUUACACGCGAGCCGUGCUACUGAGCCAUCAGACGAGUCCAGCCCCACCGAGACCUGCGUGUGUGUCCGCUGCUAUCCUGAUCUCACAACAAUGGGUGGCAACACCGAGGGGCCUUCCAGAGCACCAAUGAAUUAUGAUCACAAAGUUGUGCUUCACCAUGCCCGGAUGCGAAAUCAAAGUCUCCUUGUGGACACAGAUGUCUCACAUCUCCAGACUGGAGGUGUAUGAUGAGUCAACCGGUGGGAUGAAGCUUGUUCACGUCAUAGUUUAGUAUUAACAUUAACAACCAGCAACAACGGGACCACUUCUAAGGGGUGCCGUUUGUAAAGCUGCUCACGCCAAAAAAUAACAGCAGCAUUUUGUCACAUUUAGCAUCAAAACGUGCCCCAAAAAAACCGGAGUGCAUUUCCGAGUCACUUUUCUGCACAUUUAGAACAAUAUUUGUCAACUUUAUAGAUUAUGCCAAAUAUUAAAUCUUACACCUUAAUGUCAAAUUUAAAUGUGAAAUAUAUGAAACUUAAAAAUACAUAUGCACCUAAAUAUAAAUGUUCAAUUCACACCAUUCACGCUGUUAUUUUCAGUGUGAGCCGCUUUACAAACGGCACCCAUUACACUUCUGCCAGAAAAUAUGCAAUUACAAUAGGACUGUGAUUUUUGUGAGGAAUGCAUACUGAAAAAAACAAACGUAGAAUUGUGUUCCUCAAAGUAUAAUACAGUAAUGUACCACCCAUUUUCUUUUUUGUCCUCUUUAGGGUUGAGCUGGAGCCUAUUCCAGCUGACUGAGCAAAAGGCGGGAUAAUGGUUGCCAGUCAAUCUGAAGGCACAUACUGACAAUCAACCAGUCACACGGAUGGAAAAAAUUGAAUUUUAAAUUAACCACAACACUAUCUGACUGUGACAGAAAAUUGGACUUUGGCUGUGGAACCCCCGCAUAAUCACUGAUUCAUCAAUUCGCUGAUUUUUGGGGGAGCCUAGCCUUUGUUAUUUGCUGAAAACUCAUCUAUUUGCAAAUUUUGUGCUCAGGCCAAAGCCCUGUCUAAUAUAAAAAUAUUGUUCUAGCGCCAUCUUGUGGAAUCUAGAGCCGAUUCCAAACAUUUUUGGGUGGGCGUCAUAUAGGGCUCGGUUUCUUUCACUGACGUUUGAAGAGUUUCAUCUUGAUAAUUUUUGACUUUUUUUUUGUAAUAACACAUUCACUUACCUGGUUUGCGAUAUGAAGAAUGUCUAAAUUGUGCAGAUUUGUCAUUAUGUCAACAUGGUGGUUUCCCACAUGCUGUACACAUGAAACGCGACAAACACUUUUGUAUUUAGAUUUUAUUAAGUUUUAUGUUUAUCAUUUGUGUUAAGAACAAAAAAAUAUAUGGUUAAUAAUCCACUUUUUUUUUUAGGGGGAAACAUCUAAGGGUCCUGUUGACGCAUUCUUUCGAAAUUAAAAGUAAUCAAUACGUAUUAUAAUGUAAUUAUUAUUACUUUGCCAAAGUAACUGAACUAGUUACACUAUUUACACUUUUAUCAGAAUAACUCAUUGCAACCAACUACAUUUCCAAAGUAAUCUUUCAACACUGCUGACAGGAUACAAAAUCAGUAAGACAAAGUCAGUUACAGAUCAAGAUGUAUUUAUUUUUUGUUCUUUAUUUGAGUGUCUCGCCAUCACUGUGUGUCCCAGUCUGUGCAUUCAUUUUGCACUGGAGGAAUGACUUAAGAGGUCAAGACACCAUGACGAAUCCUGUGGCCAAAUCCAGCGUUAUAUAGAACAAAAAUCAAUAUGGAGGUUUCACCAUUUGUCUCUUACGUACAAACUGUACAAUUAUAUACUUUACAUACAUCUUCAACAUGUGGGAAAAACAAAUAAAAAAAUUUAAAAAACAACAGAAAAGAAAAACUGUAAUAUUCAGCUUGGGCGGCAUGCUGAACUCAAGUACUGAUUCAGUACACAAACACACACAGCAUAUGCACGCGGAUCACACGUGCAUACGAACCUUAUCACAUACAUACUUUUGUUUUGUUUUUUACACACACGAACACUUUUUUUUUUUUUUUAAC